UGAAAACUGCGCGACCGCCGCCGGCGCGGUUACCAUGGCGACGCGCCGUGAGGCUUCGGUGGAAAUGGCGGUUUGGUCUAUGUUCCCAGCCUCGGGUUUGAUAGCGUUUCUCCUGUUGGUGUGCUCCAGCGUUUCCCAUACCCAGACCUUCUCAUUCCCUUUUCGGCAGCCGGAGACGUGCGGCCACAACCAGUACUUCGAUAUAUCUGCACUCUCCUGUGUCCCGUGUGGAGCCAACCAGAGGCAGAGUCCUGGAGGUACUUCAUGUGUGUGUCUACCAGGAUUUCAGAUGAUCUCUAAUAAUGGAGGAUCUGCUGUUAUUUGUAAAAAGUGCCCGGAGAACAUGAAAGGUGUUACUGAAGAUGGCUGGAACUGCAUUUCUUGUCCUAGUGGCUUAACUGCAGAAGGAAAAUGCCACUGUCCCACUGGCCAUAUUUUAGUGGAAAGAGAUGCUAAUGGGACCUUGUUGUCUCAAGCAACUUGUGAGCGCUGUGAUGAAAAGGAAGACUCCUUUACGGUUGCAAAUGCUUUAGGAAACAGGUGUGUUCGAUGUGAACCAACAUUCAUUAAUACCAGCCGGUCCUGUGCAUGUUCAGAACCUAACAUUUUAAUUUUUUUUCUCCCCUGUCUAUUUGUGAAGACAGGGGGAUUGUGUUUCAGCAACACAAGGAAUUUUCCUCCACGUAUGAUUUCAACUGCGCGUUAUGCAGAGCUCGGCAUUUCUUUAACUUCAGAAUGGUUUGCAAAGUACUUGCAAUCAUCAGCAGCUGCAUGUUGUGUGUAUGCCAAUCUAACAUCUUGCCAAACUCUUGGAAAUAUGUGUGUAAUGAACAUGAAUUCUUACGACUCUGCUACAUUUGAUGCAUGUCGACUGUUUCAGUUUGUUUUUGAAAAUACUGCAGCACUCGGCACUGUUCAUUCUAUUUCAUUUUGGAGACAGAACCUUCCAUGGCUGUUUUAUGGAGAUCAGCUAGGAUUAGCACCUCAAGUACUCACUACUACACCACUUCCUACAAAUUUCAGUUUUAAAGGACAAAACCAGGAUACAAAACUGAAGUUUGUUGCUGCUUCCUAUGAUAUAAGAGGAAAUUUUCUCCAGUGGCAAUCUUUAGAAGGAGGUGUUUUACAGCUUUGUCCAGAUACAGAGGCAAGACUAAAUGCCGCCUAUUCUUUUGGAACAACCUAUCAACAAAAUUGUGAGAUCCCUAUCUCUAAGAUCUUGAAUGAUUUCCCCAGUCCUAUAUUUUAUGAUGUGUACCUUGAAUAUACUGACGAAAAUCAACAGCAAUAUAUUUGGGCUGUGCCUGUGUUAAACCUAAAUCUUCAACACAAUAAAAUCUUUGUGAACCAAGAUAGUAACUCGGGCAAGUGGCUUCUUACUCGACGCAUUUUCUUAGUGGACGCAGUAAGUGGACGAGAAAAUGACUUGGGAAGUCUACCAAGAGUAAUUCGAAUUGCUACUCAGAUAUCACUGAGCAUCCACCUGGUACCCAAUACAAAAAGUGGAAACAUCUACCCUCCUUUAAUCACCAUUUUGUACAAUGACGUUGAUGUGAAGGAUCCCAACAGCCAGUCUGUGAAGGUUUCUUUCUCAGUCACAUAUGAAAUGAAUCAAGGAGAAGCACAUGUCCAGACAGAUAUUGCUUUGGGUGUGUUGGGUGGGCUAGCUGUUUUAUCAUCUCUUUUGAAGACAGCAGGGUGGAAGAGGCGCAUUGGGAGUCCCAUGAUUGAUUUACAGACGGUUAUGAAAUUCUUGGUGUACUAUGCUGGCGAUCUGGCCAAUGUUUUCUUUACCAUCACAGUGGGAACAGGUCUUUAUUGGCUUAUUUUCUUCAAAGCACAGAAGUCUGUCUCUGUUUUGCUACCAACACCAGUCCAGGAAGAAGACUUUGUAAUUUAUGUGGGAUGUGCUUUUGCUCUGAAGGCUGUGCAAUUUUUGCAUAAACUCAUGUCCCAGAUUACCAUAGAUAUAUUCUUUAUUGAUUGGGAGCGACCUAAAGGGAAGGUUCUGAAAGCUGUUGAAGGUGAAGGUGGUGUACGCAGCGCCACUGUUCCAGUAAGCAUAUGGAGAACAUAUUUUGUAGCAAAUGAAUGGAAUGAAAUUCAGACUGUGAGAAAAAUUAAUCCACUCUUUCAGAUACUUACUGUUCUCUUCUUUUUGGAGGUUGUGGGAUUCAAGAACUUAGCAUUAAUGGACUCAUCCUCUACUCUUUCCAGUAGCCCGCCUGGCUACAUAGCUCCUUAUAGCCGCAUUUUGAGAUAUGCAGUGUCCACUGCUCUUUGGCUAGUCAUUGGAGUUAUACAGAUCGUGUUCUUUGCUGUCUUUUAUGAGAGAUUUGUAGAGGAUAAAAUUCGACAGUUCGUUGAUUUAUGCUCUAUGAGUAAUAUAUCAGUGUUUGUGUUAUCCCAUAAAUGUUUUGGAUAUUACAUUCAUGGUAGAUCAGUACAUGGGCAUGCAGAUACUAACAUGGAAGAAAUGAAUAUGAAUCUUAAAAGAGAAGCGGAAAAUUUGUGUAGCCAAAGAGGUUUGGUACCCAACACUGAUGGUCAGACUUUUCAGAUUGCAAUUUCUAGCCAGAUGAGACAACAUUAUGACAGGAUUCAUGAAACACUGACAAGGAAAAAUGGCCCUGCUAGACUACUGAGUUCAUCAGCUAGUACUUUUGAGCAGAGUAUAAAAGCAUAUCAUACCAUGAAUAAGUUUCUUGGCUCUUUCAUUGAUCAUGUUCAUAAAGAAAUGGAUUACUUUAUAAAAGAUAAGUUGCUUCUUGAAAGAAUUCUUGGAAUGGAAUUCAUGGAACCAAUGGAAAAAAGCAUCUUUUACAAUGAUGAAGGUUAUUCUUUCAGCAGUGUUCUGUACUAUGGAAAUGAAGCCACUCUUCUUAUUUUUGAUCUGCUGUUCUUCUGUAUUGUGGACUUGGCUUGCCAAAAUUUUGUUUUAGCAGCCUUCCUUACAUACCUACAACAAGAGAUAUUUAGAUUUAUCCGUAAUACAAUAGGACAAAAGAAUUUGGCAGCUAAAACACUGGUGGAUCAAAGAUUUCUGAUUUAAUUUAUUGAACAGAUAAAGACAUCGUAAUCAUGGCAAAAAAAAAAAAAUGUCAUGGUAUCAGGUUAGUUUGCCAUGUUUUUUAACACUUGUAAUAUAGAUUAUUUUGUUUUUAUUCAUUUUUAUCUGCACAUUUAUUUUUAUAACUUAUAAAUAUAUAAUAUGAUGGAAAAUAUCAUUUUCUCAGUAGUUUUGGAAUAUAAUUCUCUAAUAAAUAAGCACUGACAAUAAAGCCAAAAAACAUUGUGUUCUGUAUAACAUUUUUUAAUAAUAAUCAAAACAAUCCCCAUCAUUUGUCUCUAGGUCAUUUUGUAAACUAUGGCUUGCCUGUAUUUUGUCUCAUUGGCAAAAUUAUUUGAUUCCACGUUCAAGACUAGUUUUCAGUUUAGUAUUUUAUGUUUUAUAAAUUUUUGGUUAAAUAUUGAAAGAUAUUUUCAAGUUUCCAUAGAUUUCAAUUAUAUUACUGCUAAUUCAGUUGUUUACCCUGCUUGACAGUGAACUAAUGCAUUAUUGGGUUAGCAUGCAUCUCAUGUAAUGGUAACUGUUCAUUGCUUUGUAUGCCUAUAUGAUUAGCAUAAUUUUUCCACAAGGUAUAUUUACAUCUCUAAUGUAGUUUAUAUUUAUUAAGCUAUAAUGUAGGAUAUUUUUCCCAAUGUGGUUUUAUAUGCAUUUUUUAAUUACUUAAUCUUUUAAAGGUACUGCUCCAAAGAUUUGUUCUUCAAUUAUGUUAAAAAUUAUAAAUAACAAACUAAAUUUAUCAUGUCAAGUUGACAAGGUGAUUUAUUGAAAGCAAACUUAGGCUCUGCAGGGUAGGUGAUCUGGCCCAGCAGCGGUGCCCCUGAAAAAAAAAGAGUAGUCUCAAUACGGAACAAGCUCAAUGCGGAACAACAUGAGAAUGAGACCAUGAUGUAAUCGAAGGCCACAUUCAUGGGAAUCCAAAAAUAAGGAAAUGACUCUAUUAUGUGCUGUUCACACCUUAUCCGUGAACACUGAUUUCAUUUGGAAUGGAAUAUGCUCAACUCUUGUGGCUACAUGGCCCUGUUUCAUAGUGACCAAUGAGAGGGUGAAUACUGGCUGUGGAUCAUGUAUUCUGAGAUGGAGUGAUGUGGUGUGGACUCCCAGGAGCUUUGCCUCAUGGCCUGGCCUGCUGGAGAUGGGCCUGCUCGGUGAAGGCUGUCCAGAGAUUCAAACAAGAUAAGAAAAGCUCUUCUGUUUUUCAAGUUCUCCCUUGCACAGCAGUGAUCUUGUUUUAUGUUAUCUUUUAUAUCACAUGAUUUGACAUCUGCUUGCUGACCCAAAAUCUUGUACCAGUAAUAUAUAUUUUGAAAACUGAAAGGCCUUUCACGUAUUUUUUCAUCUAAUCCUCAUGAAAUCUCUGGAGGGAGGUAUUAUUCUUCGUAAUUUACAGAUGAGAAACUGAUACUGGGGGAGGGACUUUAUAACUCCCACCUAACCUGAGGCUGCGGGUUGAGUGACUCAGUUGUAUGCUGCCUCAUUACUUUGGACUAAAUGCUGGUCUAAUAUUGCUGCUAACAACAACAGAAAAACAGAAAAUGAAAAAGCACAUAUAUUCCUGGUCGUACAGCUCCAGGCAUUUCAUUUUAAUGGAAACUGUGUAUUAAGUUUUAUCUUGAGACAAAACUGGCCUUUUUAGAUUAGCUCUUUCAGGUUAAUCAAGAAGUCGUAUCCAAAGCCAAUUUCAAUUGCUGCUUCUUAAUUAUAACUAUUUGUCAUCACAUUGAUCCUGGAGGACCAAAUAUAGAGCACAUGUUUUCACAGCAAACGUUUGUUUUCGGUAAACAGCUACACAAACGUCCUGGGUAUCCUACACUGUGCAGGAGCUCAUAUCUGUCUGAAUAAACGAAGUGAAGGCAACACGAACAGUAAGUUAAGCAGAGAAAUAUAUUUACUCCUUCAUCCUUAUUGAGUUCCUACUAAUUGUCUGCCUCAAAUCCGUUUUCCCUCUUCUUCCCUAGUCAUGGAAGACUUACUGUUCCGGUACUUAAUAUUCUGGCCACUCUAGAAUAAAGACUACAUUUUCCAGCUGCCCUUUGCAGCCUGGGGGGGAGGGGGGGAGGAUCAUGUGACCAAGUCUGACCAGUGAAAUACAAAUGAAGGUGGGAGGGACAACUUCCAAAGAGGGUCAGGGUUAAGGUGAACGUGUAUGUCCUGCUUUGCCUCUUCCUCCUUAAAGCUGGCUGGAACAUAGAAGUGAUGGCCAUGGUGGGUGACACAAAAGGAACACAAAAGGACCCUGCAUCCUUGAUAAUCAUGGCUUGGUCGUAUUCGCCUUGACACUUAUGUGAACUCUUCAACAUACAUAAAAAAUUAUACUUCUGUCUUUCUGAAAUUGGUUAUUUGUAGAUUUUUUUUUAAUUUUUAUGUAUUUAUGUGAAAGGCAGAGAGACAGACUGAGUAAGCUCCCAUUGUCUAGUUCACUCCCCAAAUGCCCAGGACAGUAGGGGUGAGGUAGUGGAAGCCAGGAGCUGGGAACUUCAUCCAGGUUUCCCAUAUGGGUGGCAGGAACCUAAGUACUUGAGCAAUUACCUCCUGUCUCCCAGGGUGUGCAUUAUCAAGAAAGUGGAAUCAAUUGGAAGCAGAGUAGCUGGGACUUAAGCAAGGUGUUCCCAUAAGAGAUUCUAGCAUCCCAAGUGGUAUCUUAACUGCUAGGCCAAAUACUUGCCCCAUUUUGUUUGUUUUGUACAUCCACCUCUAUUCCCAGUGCAUGAUAUAUCUUAAAAAAUACAUAUAAAUUGUAUUAUUGUUGUGGAAUGGGAUUCUUUAUGUAUUAUGUCCCCUUAAAAAUGUUUAUUUUUAACAAUCAGUGAUGGUUGUCUUACUUAGAAACAUCCAUCAUUCAUGACUUAUAGUGAUCAGAUUGAAGUGGAUUAUACCAAUAAAAUUUGAGAAAUAUAUUUACUCCUUCGCCCUUAUUGAGUUCCUACUCUGAGAGGAUCUCUGUACGCGAUGCAAGGAAGAAGAUAAAGAAGAGACGGGCCCUGCUUUAGAGGUACAUAUAAUCUACUUCUGGAAGCAGAGGUGUAACAAUUAAACCGUAUGUAUAAAUAGUGAAUGUAAUGGAGAUGUAGAAAAUAUGUCAGGACAUUAAGAGAAUAAUUAAUUCUGCAUGGAAGAAUCCAAAAUGUUCAUGGAUGUAGUGCCAUUUCUCCUGAUUCUGGAAGGCUAAGUAUGCUUUUCAGAGGGGAAUGAGCAAAGGCAUAAAACAAAGAGAGUAUAUAAAUUAAAUUAAAUAGCCCUAGGUGAGUGGAACACAAGGUACGUGCAAAGGAAUGUCAGGAGAUAAAUUGGGAAAGGGAUGGAUGUUGUCAUCACUGAUGCCUUCCGAAGGACAUGCAAGUCCUAGAAAUCUUUAAUCACUGAGGUCACAUGUUCAAAGGUGUAUUUUAAGACCAUAAUACUGGCCGGCGCCAUGGCUCAAGAGGCUAAUCCUCCGCCUGCAGCGCCGGCACACCGGGUUCUAGUCCCGGUCAGGGUGCCGGAUUCUGUCCCGGUUGCUCCUCUUCCAGGCCAGCUCUCUGCUGUGGCCCGGGAGUGCAGUGGAGGAUGGCCCAAGUACUUGGGCCCUGCACCCGCAUAGGAGACCAGGAGAAGCACCUGGCUCCUGGCUUUGGAUCAGUGCGGUGCGCUGGCCGCAGCACACCAGCCACAGCGGCCAUUGGAGGGUGAAACAACGGUAAAGGAAGACCUUUCUCUCUGUCUCUCUCUCACUGUCCACUCUGCCUGUCCAAAAAAAUAAAAAACCACCAUAAUACUAAAUUGAAAGUAUGUCAUUGUGAAAAUUCGAAGAAAAAUAAGAAAGGAAGGAGGUGGAAUGGAAGAAGUAAGGGAAGGAAGGUAGGGGUGAGUUAUGCUUAUGUUCUUAAAACUGGAUAUAUGGGGGCCUGUGCUGUGGCGCAGCAGGAUAAAGCCCUAGCCUGAAGCGCUGGCAUCCCAUAUGUGCGCCAGUUCUAUUCCCAGCUGCUGCUCUUCCGAUCCAGCUCUCUGCUAUGGCCUGGGAAAGCAGUAGAAGAUGGCUGGGCCCCUGCACCCACGCGGGAGACCCGGAAGAAACUCCUGGCUCCUGGCUUCGGAUUGGCGCAGUUCCGGCCCUUGCGGCCAUCUGGGGGAGUGAACCAUUGGAUGCAAGAUCUCUCUCUCUGUCUCUACCUCUACCUCUCUGUAAAUCUUUCAAAUAAAUAAAAAUAAAUAUUUUUAAAAAAGAAAAUAAAACUGGAUGUAUGAAGUACAUGAUAUUUGCUCCCUUUAUAUAAAUAAAAGAAACAAAAAAUAAUAAAAUAGAACCGUAAUACAGUUUUGACACAGUUUGACACAGUCCUUGAAUCAGGGUAGAGAGUGAAUGUCUGAUUCACUUUUGUGCUCCUCCAAGCAUCUGCAGCGUCACUGGAUCUUUAUUCACCCAUGGUGGAUGCUCCUUAGAUGUUUAUGAAAAUGAAUGAAUGAAUGUAAGCAUGAAGGUAACAGUAUUGGACUUUUAAGCAUCUGGUGUUCUAUCUUAGUUCACCAGAGCGGCCAUAAUGGGAUAUCACAGACGGGGUGACUUAAACAACAGAUGUUUGUUGCUCACAGUUCUGGAGGCGAGAAGUCCAGCGUCAAGAUGCUGUCAGGUAAGUUUCAUUCUGUCUUCUUCUCUCAGUUUGUAGACACCCACCAUCUGCAUGCUCACUUGGCCUCUUUGUGCAUGGAGAAAGGAGAGAGGUUUUGGGUGUCCCUUCCUCUUGUAAAGACAACAGUCCAGUGAGAUUAAGGCUCAACACCUCCAACUUCAUUUAACCUUAAUUAGUUUCUUAAAGCUCCUUUCUCCAAAUACAGUCACCCCGUUAGUGUUAGUUAGUUAACUAGUUAGAGCUUUCACACAUGAAUUGAGGGGUUAGGGCGAAUCCCAAUUCAGUCCAUAUAGAUGUGCUAUGUUAUAUAAUCUACAGAUAAUUCAUAUUAGCUUUCUCAAACAAGCUUUCUUAGAGCCUACAUUUUUAAAUUGAGGACACAUAAACAACAAAUACAUGAAUAUAAAAUGAGCAAACAAUUUUGGACUGGUGAGAGCAUCAUAGACGAUAGGAGUUGGUUCUUCCAGUGCCGCUCCAUGUAACCUCCCCCGCAGAGCCAGGACUAGAGGGAGCUGAGUGGGUUGCUAGAGGGAGCUGAGUGGGUUGCCUGGGCUUCAUAUAUAAAGAGGAAAACACCCAUUCUCAGGGCCAUGAAAAUUCUGGCAUGAGACUUGUGUGACCCUGAGGUCAAAUCCUUCCUUUAAGAGUGUGCUGUGGCUGCCUUACUCAUUUCUUCCUUGUCCUGACCUUGCCCCCAGUCUCGACCACUGGAGGGGAGCGGCAAAGUCAGAGAGAAGGGAAGGUAACCGCCAAUGCAUGGAUGCAUGGGUUAUUAAACCAGCUACCACAGUAGAGACCCUAGCCCAAGUGGAGUCCAUGAGGAGUAAAGCCCACUCUUCAGAACCAUACCGCUGAAGGGUGAGGGAGCUGGGGUACUUACACACCACCUAAUCUUUACUGAGCUACUCUAGGGGCAGUAGCCCUUCUGAGCAAAGCAGAGAGGCAAAGCCAUUAGGUGCAGAGAUGCAGAUCCUGAAAUCAGAGCUCAAGGGACUUGGAGGGGGGAUGUGAAGGCAUUGCUACUGGCUGCUAUAGAAAGAGAACUUAGAUGUGGAAACCUCUCCACCUCCCCCGAAGCCUGGGCUCUUGGCCCAACCUAGCUGUGACCCUUGGAGCAAGACUUCAGUUGCUUCAGUUGGCUUGUCCAGUGCUGAGGGGCUGAUUUGAAGAUACUGCUUGAAGACAAGCUAAAUGAAAGCCAGAGAGUGAGAAGAAUCCGGAUCACCAGAGUUGAGGCAUGGAAGUCCUGGACAAGAGAGGGUUUGGAGCAGGUGGAGGGUGAGAAAUGAAGCCCGAGGCAAGUCCUGUUCUGAAAGAGGAACAGCACGGCCACAGUGGCUUUGUAUGAAUCCCUUGUGUCCCUACGCAUGGGCAGGGAGGGAGUGUAAUGAGGACAAGGAGCAAAUGAGUGGCUGUGGGGGCAGAAGGGAACACAGAGAUCUUAGAGUUUGCAAGAUCAGGGCCCAGAGGAUCUGAAAAGCCAUAUGCUCAAAUCUCAUAAGAAAACAAAGCCCCAACUUCUCCUGCUUGUUCUCACAAAUAAGUAAGCUCCCAGGCUCUUCCCUAGCCCUCCUCACGUCUUUGCUUCUGUGCCCAGUGGAGAGACUGUAGAAGGCCUUUUAGAGAGAGCAGUAGUGCUGAGCCAGCCAGCCUGCCUCUCCAAGGCCUUCUGCAUGCCCGUGAAUUUACCUGCCCCAGGACAGUGGUUCUUGUUGUGCCUUGAACUUGCACUUGGGGAAACCCUAGUCCUUGUCCAGGCUCUGAGCCUGCCUUGUAGAUGCAGACCAUGGAUCUUAUCAAAACUCACACCCUCAGCAGUUCCUUCUGGGGAAGGAACAUUCAGAUGUUUCUAUUUCAAGUUGUACACACUAAAUCUGUGACGGCUAAACUCAUUUUUUAAAGGGAGCAAAGAUCCUUUCCUGUAUGUUUGAAUGGAGUAGGAUGGAACUAGCCUAGGUGAUUGUUGGCUUGAGACAGAUGAACACAAUGCGCACCAACAUACAUCUUUAUUAGGGCAAUUCAGCAGGGAGUCACAUGGUGACAGCACCUGUUGUGGCUCAGACACUGUGCGAGGUGCCUGAUACACUGCCUUUUAAUUAUGACAAAUGCUUUUCAAGGUGAUUUCCAAAGUUGAACGUGUCCCUCAGUUCUUCCUGGCUCCAUAUUAGUGUAUAGCUCAUCUUGCCAGACAACAAAAGUGAAGUUCAUGAACCCUGGCCCAGGACCCUGGAGACUCAGGGCCCAGAUGUGACUCAGCUGCCACUCAGGAGCUGUUUGGUCCUAGGGUCACUUACCUGUCCUUUCUGGACUUCAGGUUCCUCAUGAGGGUUGUAUUUACUUUAAAAGAUUUUUUGUUUAUUUAUUUAUAAGACAAAGUGGCAGGGAGAGUGUCGCUCCCCCUCUUCACGGAGGAACGACACUAGACCCUGCGUUGUUCUUUUGUCUGCUCGGCCCUUCCUGGGUUUGCUGCUGGUCCUUCCCAGGUUGGCUGCUGAUCCCUCCACCUCCAUGGAGGGGAGGCUCCCCCUGCCACUUUCCCCACUUCCGCGGGGGAGCGGCACACCGCCGGCCGGCUCUCUCGGGGGCUGCUCAGAUGUUAUCCGGAUGUUCCCUGGUGCAUGUUGUCUCUCUCCUCCUUUAUAGUCCUCUUCCACCAGUCCCAACUCUGCUACCCACACGCCAAGCAUGCUGCUCUCCUCCAAUCAGGAGCAGGAUCAGCUCCUGCAGGUUACUGGUCGAACUGGAGGCAGCUGCGUAGAAGCUGUUCACUCCUCUCCCAGCGCCAUAUUGUGGGAGAGCAGAUGCAUAGAAUAGGUCUUAAUUUCAGUAACUUAGUCUAGUCCGAGUUGCUCCCCACAGAGAGGGAGAAGAAGGAGAGAGAGAGAGAGAAAGAGAGAGAUCUGGGGCCAGCACUAUGAUGCAUCAGGUUAAAGCCCCAGCUUGCAGCACGCUGGUUCUAGUCCCGGCUGCUCCUUUUCUGAUCCAGCUCUCUGCUCUGGCCUGGGAAAGCAGUAGAAGAUGGCCCAAGUCCUUGGACCCCUGCACACAUGUGGGAGACCCAGAAGAAGCUCCUGGCUCCUAGCUUCAGAUCAACUCAGCUCUGGCCAUUGCCGUCAUUUGGGGAGUGAACCAGUGGAUGGAAGACCUCUCUCUCUCUGGCUCUACCUUUCUAUAACUCAGUCUUUCAAAUAAAUAAAUCUUUAAAAAGAGAGAGAGAGAAAGAUCUUCCAUCCUGGUUCACUCCUCAAAAAGCCUCAACAACCAAGGCUGACAGGUCAAAGCCAGAAGCCAGGAACUUCAUCCAGGACUCCCACAUGGGUGGCAGGGACUCAAGUACUUGUAUAUCAUUUGCUGGUUCAUGGGCACGUUAGCAGAGAGUUGUAUCAGAAAUGGAGUAGCUGGGAUUUGAACCAGCACUCUGCUAUCUGCUGUGAGUAUCCCAAGUGGUGAUUCAACCCACUGUAUCCCAACACCUACCCCACUGUGUGGGGCUUUAAAUGAACUCUUCUCUAGCACCCCUUGGUUUUCUCA